AGAUACACAGCAUCUUCAAGUUUUCGACAACUACAACAACCACCGACACCAUGAAGUUCUCCACCACCUCCGUCAUCCUGGCUGCCGCCCUCGGCGUCUCUGCCCACCCCAGCGGCCACGUCCACCAGCGCGCCCACAACUCUGUCCAGGCCCGCGGCGACUUCGUCAUGGCCAACAAGCCCGCCGUCGCUCCCACCUCUACCAGCGUUGCCGUCGCCGUUCCUACUCCCUCUGCUGCUGCCCCCGCCAAGGACGCCACCUCUGGCAGCCAGGGCACCGGUGUCUCGACCUACACCAAGUUCUGCCAGGGCGGCAACAGCAAGCGUGCUACCGCCGCCGAGAUUGCUUAUAAGGGCAAUGUCGGUGGAAGCGGCCAGUACGGAUGCAACCUGAUGGCCGUCCAGAACCACCUCGUCUCCCAGUACCAGUACACCAUGGUCUUCAACAAUGCUGGCGGCGACGCUGAGUGCGCGUGCUGGAACAAGAUUGGACCUGAUGGCGGCAUCAACGGCUUCUUCAAGGGCAACCAGGCCCUCAUGUUCUCCCUGCCUGCUGGUGGCAAGCAGACCGUCGCCGUCGACAGCAACUCUCAGAUCGGCUGCACCUGCGGCGAGGGCAGCAUCCCUUAUACCCCCAUUGGCCAGUUCGCCGGUACCUGGAUCGAGGGUGAUGUUGGCAACCUCUCCAACGGCGGUUGGUCUGGCUGGGACGCCUCUUCCCUCGUUGCCGCCGCCGCCGGCAUGGACAUUCCAGGCCUCAAUGUCUGCGGAACUGGUGCCCAGGAGGGCACUUGCUCUACCAUCUUCCCUGGUGGCACCGGCAAGAAUGCCUUCAUUGCCGGUACCGCUGCCAUGGACGGUCUAGGCCUCAACUGCCCCCCUGGCAACCAGUCCGUCACUGUCACCGUUGGAUACACGGCUUAAGUUCUCAAUUUUCACUGCAAGACGUUUGGAGAAGUGGAAUAGAGAAAAAAUCAGUUGGGCUAGGGUUUGGGAUUUUACUAUACAUGAUUUCGGCUUAAGAAUUUCUUACGUGGAGAAUAUCUACGGUGUUUUUGGUGUGUGGCUUUUGCGGAUUCCCCUUCGAUACCCAUCGAGUGUAUGGGAACAAAAACCACUCAGUUACUCGAAUCCGUGCUUUAUAUAUAUAUAUUACGGUUCUUUUAUAUAUAUAAUUGAAAUGUUUAUUUGAUCUUUAC